GGAGCGGCACGGACAAACCGACGCACCUCUCCUGAGUGUUCCUCUCCCUCACCAGCGCACCUACACACCGACAAAAUGACUAUAAACGCGUAUGAUAGUGGACUACCAUUGCGAGAUGACACCGCUCGCUCGCGACACGCGAAAGGUGGUAGAGGAGUCCUUGGACCGCUAGUUGUGAUGGCUAAAUCAUACUAUUCGAUUGAAUUCUAGACGGAUGUCGCGAUGACACUGCACUGGUGGAUGCACUGGUUCUGGGUGACCGCACAAUUUGCUGUCAUUCUUGGCGUUCCUCUUCCAUCAACAACUGAAGAACCUCACCUCGAGCGGGACUCGAGCUUGUCAUGGAGGGCAAUAACAGUGCGAAUGACCUCAGAACCACCGGUCCGAUCAAGCAUGAGGAUUGCCAAGGCGAUAAGUUCCUACGAGCCGUCCAUUAAAGUCAACUCCGUGGGCCUGGCUGGUCCAGUGCUCCGCCGGCAGUCAUUCAAUGCUUCCAAGCUUAUUAAAAAAAUACAGAUGAUGCCUGUAUCACCACCCCCCAUGAGCACCCACUUCCCCAUCCCCGAGGUCCAGCGCCCGAGCUUCAACCUCGUGAAAAAUCUCCAGCAGGAUUUUGGAGACGGCGGAUUUCGAGGGAACGAUGAGAUUUUCCCCAAAAGAAAGGAUCAGAGCUGGGAAAUUUUACCCAGUUCUGUCAAGAAUACCAGAAUCACUUGGCUACUGACCACCCUGCGGCCUGUCCGAAGGCGAACCGAAGAGCUAGAGGAGGAGGAAAUUGAGGAAAAAUUCAGCAAUCUGAGUACAGUUGAGGAGAGAGAUCUAACGGUUCUGCCACUUAGACUCGAAGAGACUCGUUUCAAACUGGUUGUUAACAGAAGUCGAACUAUAAACGGAGAUACGGACACUGUAUCUUUUAGUAGUCGAACGUUUAAUGGCUCCGAGGACAUUGAGAUUGAUCAGGAGUUGGCGGAACCGAGAAUAGCCUCGGCAACGGCAUCACCAGUUGUGCAAUCUGGUUUGGCAGAGUCUACGAGGCUGAGUAGAGCCAGGAGUGCAUUCACUAAUGACUUCCACAGGGACAGGGCACAGGACAGAUCUUCCCAGGAUGAUGAUGACGAUGUGAUUGACGGCAAUGGGAUUUCUGCGGGGGUCACUGCUGAGAGUGCUACAACGUCUUCGGUGGACAUUCCUGCUAUCACAGUAAGCUGCCUCUCUAUGGUUCUUCUGUUGAGCACCAUGGGGAGCAUUGGGUUUGUUAUGUACAGGAAAAAGUACUUGAAUCCGCCUCAGACGUUGAACAGUGACAAGUGCAGUAAUCCUGACAGCUCUGGGUACAUCGAUGAUUCCACUAUUCGUGACAAUUCCGAGGAAAUGUACAGCCUGGACAACGAUUCAUUCCUCAACUCUCUCGAGGCGAUGACAAUACAAAAUUACUGGACAGACAGCGUCAAGCAUACCAAGCUGUGACGCCAAUGGUAAAAGUGAGCUAAGAAUUGCAUAUCUGGGAGAAAUUGACUUGAAAUUUUUGCGGAGAAUUUCCAAAACUUAAACAAAAUUACAAAAGAGUAAUACUAACUUUGGCUCGUUAACGAAACGCUAGUAUUAGCCGAAUAGUGCAAUAAAUUUUCGUGUACUUAAAUGUAUCAUGUAGGUGAAACGAUAAGGGAAGUUUUUUUCUGUGUGUGUGCAGAGGAAAGUGGAAAUGAUGUAGUUUAAGUACAAAUAAGACUUUUAGGAACGACGUAGAUAUUUUUCUCGAUGAAAAAAUAAUUGAGAAAAAUGAAAUUGUAAACAUUGUGUACAUAACAAACCAUUUAUGGUUUCAAUUAUUCUUUAAAAUAUGAUGGCACUGCGUUCUCUAUUCCACCUUGUAAUUCGUCUGCUUUUUUAUGUUAUCGAAUCAAUUUUGCCUAAUAGGUUUUAAUAAUUUUCAAACAAACAAUUGUUACAUUCGUUGAUUUAUGAGUUGAUAAUUACUAACGAAAGAUCGGACCAAGAUGUACGUAGUUGAUAGUCAAUUUGCCUUUAUAACAUAUCCACUAACCGACUAAUUGAUUCCAUGUUUACUCUUGAUCCGUGUCAGCAAUUGAAAAUACGUAUGAAAGAAAUUUGAGAAAAAAUAAUGAACAUUCAAUGCACUGUUUAAUUUUAAAUGAUCCUAGGAUUAUUUAAGAAUUAUAUUUAUAUACGAAUUUUUCCCCCAAUUUCAUGAAUAAUGAAUAAAUGAUAUAUAUUACAUUAA